AUCCGUAUUGUUUGGGUCAAUAUGACAAAAACUUCGUGCAAAUCCCUCGUUAAAGAUUACUGCACAAGUUGCACUUUUGCAGGGGUUCAUUUUAUAGCUGAUAAUACCAGACAUUGGUCUGAAAGGUAAGCAAGUAAUAUUACAUAUAACUUUACGACUUCGGAUCUAAAACCACGCUUGAUCAUAAGAAUAAAAAAAUAAUAACAGGUUCCUAUGGAUGAUACUGGUGAUCCUUUCCUGGUAUGGAUCAGCGUUAUUGAUAAUAGCGGCGUGGGAUGCCUUCGUUACGAAUCCCAUCAGUUUUGGUGUGGAGACAACGUACACAGAUUGGGACACCAAGUUGCCAGCAGUGGCCAUCUGCGAAGCGAAUAACAAACUUAUGAUCUACAACGUUUCUGACACGUUAGUGAUACAUAUUCGUAAUUACCCUCAAAAUUUGAUCUGGACGCCUAACCAUCUUUUAGAUCUUGAAGAUGCGCUGAAAGAUGUUGCAUACUUCCGUGGUUCUUGUUACCGACUAAUCGAUGUCUGUUAUAAAAAUAACAAUCCGGACCCCUUCUGUCAAACUUCAAACUACAGUUACUAUGCGAAACUGGUGAGAAGUGGAUGUCGGCAGACAUUGAGUAACUGUUCCUACAAUGACCAGAACUUCAAUUGCUGCCAGUACUUUCAACCGAUAGACACGGAUAUGGGGACUUGCUAUAUUAUCAAUUCAAUACAGACUAAAAAACCCAAUCCAUAUAAAAUGGUUGUGAACAUGAAACAAAAACGCGGAGUACUUAAGUUUGAUGUUUUAUUGCCUUCCAUGAUUACAAAAGUAUUUUUUAAGAUAUACACUUUGGGAGAAGAUGAAGUACCCACCAUCACAUCGUCAAAAUAUUCGACAUUGAAAAUUAAACUUGGACACGGUUAUCGGCGUCAACUGACAGUAAGAAACAUCGAGAACGACCCAUUGGUGGUAGAGACGAAUCCGGAGCAGCGCGCUUGCCGCAUCCAUUCCGAGAACGACGGCCUCUACCCGCACUAUUCGUACAGCGCCUGUACGGUUCUUUGCCGCAAGCGCGCGCAGCAGCGCAUCUGUCACUGCAACGAUCACUUCAUGCUGGACACUAGCGUACCAGAGCAUUGCAACAUAACAGGCAUGUUGUGUCUGCAUACACAUGAGGGCGAUCUAACAGCGCUUAAACCGCAAUGGGCGCUACACCGUCGCGGCAUGACCUGCCACUGUUUGCCUUCUUGCGACGAAACUGAGAUAACUAUCAUCAAAGAUGUCAUUAGUUCCCAUAAAAGCAAAGAGAAAAAAGCGUUUGUCGAGAUAGUACUUGCAUAUUUACCCACGGAAAGAUUUAAGAGAAACGUGGUAAGAAGCCGACUGGAUCUAGUGGUGUCAGUUGGAGGCACAACGGGACUAUUCGUUGGUGCAAGUCUACUCAGCUUCGUUGAACUUAUAUUCUACUUCACUGUACGCUUCGCUGGCAAUUUUUGGAUAGUUAAAAAUAAAAACAAAAAUGGAAUUGAACAAAUGAAUGCGACAAGUACUGGCAAAAGUCUGGAGACGACACAAACUGGCAGGCGAGCGAUAAGAUUUGAAAAAACAUUUUUUCAACAGACCAGAGCACAGAAUUUUAUGUAA